CUCGCAUUCUAUUCCCUAUUCCCUAUUCCCAAAUCGUAACUUCUCUUAACGACAUCGUCUCGCAACAUGCUUUCCUCCGUCUCCUUUCCGGCUUCUCUUCCCUCCCCAAAUCUUACCGGCAGCGCCUUGGCCUCACAGCCACGUCGCGUCAGAUCCCGACCAAUAGUCGCCUUUGCCACCGCUACAGCCACCGCCGAAGCUCGCUCUUCUUGGACGGAGCAACCGAGGCCUUCGUAUCUGAGCUCUUCUUGCUCAUCGCUCUACGAGGUUCUAGGCAUCCCCGCCGGCGCCUCCAACCAGGAAAUCAAGGCGGCGUACCGGCGAUUGGCCAGAGUUUGCCACCCGGACGUGGCAGCGAUUGACCGUAAAAACUCGUCGGCGGACGAGUUCAUGAAGAUUCACGCCGCGUACUCCACCCUCUCGGAUCCCGACAAGCGCGCCACAUACGAUCAGAGCCUAUUCCGGCGACGACAGCCGUUGUCGGCUUCUAUGUUUUCCGGUUACACCAGUCGGAACUGGGAAACGGAUCAGUGCUGGUAGUGAGUCAACUCGGUCGAGUGAACAGCUUAAUUAGAGUGUACAAGACAGAAGACGCGGUUAUUGAAGCGCCUUGCCUUGGAUUUAAUCUAUUAAUCACUAAUUAGUUAGUCAUUAGAGUUUGUAUUAUACUCCGUAUAUGUACAUAUACUCGUAGAUGUAGAAGCAGUUUACGGGUAAUUCACUGCGAAUUACAACUUCGAAAUCUGAUGAGUUUUCCAGUACACAAUAUACAGUAAAAAAGAACACAACUUGCUUGUACUUGGUAAUUGAUACUUGCCACUUGCCACUUGCCACUUGCAGAAACCUUUCUCCUUUCCUUGUAACAUACAUGAUUGAAUCAAAAUUGACAUCUGUUAUGGGCAAAUGCACAAUAUGUUCAUUUUCUUCUUUCAAUUUUUUACUUUUUUCCAUUUAAUUUAAAAUACAUGUAAGGUUCACUAAUAGGUAAUUGUCAAUCAUCUCAAGAAAGGGAAGGGCGUAAUUGAAUCGACAAAGUCUCUAUUGUUUUGUUUGUGGUGAUUGAGAUUUGUGAUGGUGAUUGGUUUAGGUAAGAGUUAACCUGAAGUGUAAACAAAGUUAAUUGCCUUUUUUUAAGCAAAAAAAUUAAGAUAUAUUAA